UAUUUUUCAUCGACAAGUCCGUGGUCACACUGCCAACAAGUCGGCGCUGGCAGAGAAAAUUCUGCCGCGAACCGCGAAACAACGCAACCUUGUCGAAUUUUUUUUUCUGAAUUUGGGGAAAAUUGGGGAAACUCGGAGCCGCGACAACAACGGAAAACAGAAUAAUGUCGGAUUUUUCCUAGAUUCAGAAAAGUAGUUCCGUUCCGCAGAUAUAUGCCACUAGAAAAUACCCGUAUUCGAAAUAUCAAUAUCCCAAGUGCAUGGAAUUUUGGCCAGCGCAGUCAACAAGGCCAUCAAAAAAUAUUCCCAAACAAAUGUGUCCAUGCACAGAGGAUGAAUAAAAGUGUAAAUUAGCAAAAAAAAUUUACAAAAAUUUAAUACCAAAUAAUACUACUACCAACAACAACAACAAAAUAAAAAAAAGUGAAAUUAAGUGUUUUAAGAAAAAAACAACAAGAAACUAAAUAAAACAUGAACAUGGCGGCCGCGUCUCGUUUACACAAUAACUCAAAAUUAAUUUAAUAUGCUGGCAAAUGAGCAAAACGAAAACUACGCUAAAAGGCCCUAAACCGGAGGAGUUGCUUUUAGAAGGCUGCUGUUAGCAACAUGGCUGCCACAUCCGCUGGCCAACAGCAGCAGCACCAGCAGCAUCAGCACAAAUUGAAUAUGAUCGGGAGUGCUGAGACAGUGGUUGCCAGUGAGAUGCAUCUCCAACAGCAGCAACAGCAACAGCAGCAGCAUCAACAGAUCCACAUGUUUAAGCAACAUCAGCAAUUGUUGCCACUGCAUCAGCAGCAACAGCAGCAGCAGCAGCAGCAGCAGCAACAACAUCAUCAAUUUUUCCAGCAGCAACAGACAAAAUUUGUAUCGCGGGUCGUUACAAAUGCAGCAAUGCAACAACAACAGCAACAGCAGCAGCAGCAGCAUAUGCAACAAAUAUUACCAGCUGGUUUGGUAAAUGGCAAUGUAUGUGGAAACAUGAUGCAAGCAACAAAUCUGCAUCACCAGCAGCAGCGCAACAGUCAGCAGCAUAUAUUUGUCUGUCCAACGAGCAGCCCGCAAAUACUCCUCCAACAUCAGCAGCAGCAACCUCUGCCACAGCAACAGCAGCAACAACAAACGAAGCUCCGUCAGGCGCAAAUAAAGUUGCCAGUAAAGUCAACAGCGGUCGUUGCAGCAGCAGCAGCAUCGACAGCGACAGCGGCAACUAGUGCUACUGCUGCAACAAUACUUGCCUCGCGUCAAAUGAGUCAGAACAAUCAGAUCUAUGCCAAGAAUGUUGCCAACAAAGCCAGCAACAGCAGCAGCAACAGCAGCAGCAGCAGCAACAUGAACAGGAAAAAUGUCAGCUACAAUGGAAAUUUGGCUCCAGGCUGGCGUCGUUUAACCAGCAACAAUGAAGUGGCCUACAUCAGUCCCACGGGAAAAACGCUUCGCACGCAAUUCCAAAUCAAGGACUAUCUGCUGACGCAGGGUACCUGCAAGUGCGGUCUACCCUGUCCGCUGCGACCGGAAUGCCUAUUCGAUUUCAAUGCACAGGUGCCUAAUAUGCCACUGAAGCUGCCAACAGUUGCUGCAGCCACAGUCGAAUCGGCGACGACGACGACGACGACACCUUGCCUGCACCAGCGGCGAUUUCUUGAAUCUCAGCAGCAACAGCAGCAGCAGAGUGUCAAUGAUGCGACGACGACAACGACGCUGCCCGCCGCAAACGUAUCUGUAUCUGUAUCUGUAUCCAUAUCUGGGCCAGCAGCUGUCAGUGAUGUGUUCUCGACGCUGAUGAGAACGACGGCGGCGACGACGACGACGACAGCGGCUGCGGCUGCGACGGCAGCAACAGUCCAUGCAACAAUAACAACCACACCUGAAAUGGCCAACAAAGAAGCUGAUUGCCACAAAUACGGCAAUAACAAAUUACCCCCACGGAGCCAUGCCUAUGGAACGGGCACGCCCACAACCAUGCCCACAUCCACGCCCACGCCCACGACUGUAAUGCAAACUAGUCAAGCAUUAGCCGGAAUAGGAAUAGCAAUAGGAGGAUCUGCAACUGGAGCUGGAGCUGGAGUUGGAGUCCCGAAGCGCUCAGCCGGAGGACAUGUGAUAAAGCAGCCGCCAGCAGCAGCAGCAGCAACAGCACCUUCUUCCCUGCCUCUACCCGUGACGCUGCCUCCACCCGCUGCAGCGCAACUGCUGCAACAGCAACAGCAGCAGCAGCAGCCCAACUUCAAGGACGACCCCGCCGGAUACCUGCAGCAGCAGACAGUCCUGCUGCACAAUACGCUGGGCGGGGGCCUAGACACGGGGGCCAAGACCGUGACUGUGUCGGCCAGAGCCCUGCCCCAGGAGCCCAUCGUGCACAGUUCCCAGCAGCAGCAACAGCAGCAACAGCAGCAGCAGCUUCAGCAACUGCAGAUGCAGCGCCAGAGGAUACGACGGCUGUCGGUCUUUGGCGGCAAGUGGGAAGCGGAAUCAGUGGGAAGCAAUGCCAACGCCUCCUCCAAUGGAAGUCCCGGACAGCGCACACUGCAGGUGGACACGCAGGCCUUUGCGCGGCCACAGAAGCCACAGAUUACCAGCGUCACGGUGGUGCCACCGCCCCAGGAGUCGCCCGUCUCGAGCAGUGCGGCAGUGCUGCAGGACGCUGUGGAGAAGCGGCCCGAGCAAGUGGGAGCCAUCUCCACCAGCCACGAGAGUCCCAGGCAGAGCUUGUCCUCGCCCACGGACUCGCUGCUGGAUUCGGGCAAGAGCACGCCCUCGCCAUCACCAAAGCCGCAACACCAGCAUCAUCAGCAGCCCCCGCAGAUCCUGCAGAUGCGUACCCAGGCACAGGGACAGGUUACCGCUGCCGCUCCCCAGUUGCGUGUGAUGCGCCAGCAGCAGAACCAGUCCCUCGCCGGACAGAGGCUGACUGUGGCCAGCAGCAAUGCAGUGGCCACGAUGACACGCAGCAUUGUGACCACCACGGCGGGCACUGGGAUCACGGGGCGACCGAUCACCACGCUGAGCAGCUCCCAGGCCGGAAUGGCGCAGCUCCAGGCGAUGGCCGGCCAAAUGGCCGGCGCCACGAAUGGCGGGGGUCAGCUGAUAAUGACCUCCUCCGGCCAGCUGCUGGUCAUCCCAGGGCCGCAGCACAGUAAGCAGGGGAAUCCGCAUCUGCAGCAGCAUCACCACCGCGCGGGCAUCAUCCAGCAGCAGCACCAGGAGCUGCACCCGCAGCCGGGAGGCGGCUACAUUGUGAGCCAGCCCUCGCCGGUGGGGGCAGCCACCUCGAGCAGCGGCAGCAGCAACACGGUGAUACUCAACUCCGGGGGCAAGCUGCUGCACCACCAGAUCAUCACCUCGCAGGCGGGACAGGGGGCAGGAGGAGGCGCAGGCGGAGCAGCCGGUGGCCAGACAGUGCUGCUCAACACGCUUGCCAACGGCGGCUACAUUGUCCAUCAGCAGCAGCAGCAUCAUCAUCAUCAUCAUCCACAUCAACAACAACAGCAGCAACAGCACGUGGAGCAGGUGCUGACCAUGCCUCAUCCAGGGGCGCUGCCGUCGCAGGGUCAGACGCUGAUCAUCACCUCGCCGGAGGCCAAACGGAGGCCGCGCAAGCGCAAGAGUUCCGUGUGCCACACGCCGCCACCGGCGAGUGGUGGAUCCCCCGCCAAGACGCACUCCCCCCAGAUCUCGCCCAGCAUCCCCAGCCAGGCGCCCGCCCUGCUCCAUCAGCAGGCGGCGGCGGCGGCAGCAGCAGCUGCUGCACCACAGUUCCAGCAGCAGUUCCAGCUGAGUCCCGGCAUCCAGGGCAUCGUGGUGAACAAGGCCAAUGCCGCGGCUCCGCAACAGACGCAGCAGCUGCUGCUGCAGAACGGCCAGAUCCUGCAGCAGGUGAACCUCAUCGGGCAGCAGCUGCUGAUGCCCGCGGGCCUGGUGAUGGCCCCAGACGCCACCCUGCUGCAGAUCCAGAACAUGCCCACAACCAGCCUGAUGACGCCCCAGGGGCCCGUGAUGCUGCGCACUCCGUCGCCCCAGAGCAAGCCCUCCUUCAUCUCGCCCGGCGCCGGCGGCCAGCAGUACAUUGUGGGGGCCAACGGGCAGCUGAGUCCCAUUGGACAGAUCUACUCCACGCCCAUGGGCCUGGUGAUGCCGACGGGCCAGCAGGGUGGCGGCUCCACCUUCGUGCAGGCGAGUCCCACGACGACGACCAUCCAGAUCCAGCAGCAGCAGCAGCCAUCACAGCAACAGCAGCAGCAGCAGGCACAGCAGAUCAGUCUGCAGCAGGCCCAGGGCACCACCUAUCUGACGACGGACUCCUCGAUGGGUCGCCAGGGAACGGCGGCCAGUCCGCCGGACACCACCACAUGCAGUCCCCGGAGCCCUGAGCGACCUCCCAGCCAUCGGAGCACUGGCAGUGAUAUGGUGCAAUGCGUCUCCAGCUCGGAACCGGAUGCCGCUGUCUCGCCGCAGAGUGUCGAGAGUCGGCAGUCGCCAUCUUCCACAGACUGUGAGAGGAGCUUCGGCAACAGCAGCAGCACCAGCAAUCUCUUCACGCAGCCGAGUGGGAUGUACAAGCAUUCGGAGCCGAAGAUUCGACGGAUACACAUCACAUCGCAGGCGGCGCCCGAGAACGGGAUGAGCCUGAUGGGCCAAGGUAUGCGACUGGCCAGCUCCAGCUCUCGUUCGAACACCACAUCUGCCUCCAUGCCCAUGUCCAUGUCCAUCACAUCGUCAUCGUCGUCUUCGUCGUCCGCUGGCGCCACUCAUGUGGCGGGAGGCCAGAGCCAGGGCCAUCGCCCGCUCAUGCACCUCCGGCAGUCGCCAGUCGGGCAGCACAACAACAACAACAGCCACCAUAACAACAACAAUAGCAACACCACCUUCCUCCAUAGCCACAAAGUAGUUAACAUUGAUUACCAGGAGUCGCCCAGCACAACGCAGCCCCUGUCAGCGGCCGCAGCAACAGCAGCAGCCGCAUCACCAGGCGCCACAUCCUCCACCACGAUGCCGGAGGCCAAGACCAAGACCACACCAACGAAACGAUCGCGUCGCCCACAGCGCGGCUCUGGCCGUGGCACAUGCCACACAACCACUGCCACUCCGUUAAUGCCGCCUCGAUCGUUUGCAAUUGGGGAACUGAUUUGGGGUCCGGCACGGGGCCAUCCAGCCUGGCCCGGGAAAAUCGUCAAGAUGCCCGACGGCGUGUGCACGCCCUCGCAGCAGUUCGACCACGUUUGGGUGCAGUGGUUCGGCGGCGGCGGCCGCUCCACCUCCGAGCUGAUUCCGGUCAACUCGUUGCAAAGCCUCUCCGAGGGUCUAGAGGCGCAUCACAAGGCCCAAAAGGACACCAGAAAGAGCCGCAAACUGAACUCGCAACUCGAGCGGGCUAUACAAGAAGCAAUGACUGAGUUGGAUAAUAUUUCAGCCUCCUCGACACCCACAUCCGUAGCCACAGCGGCAGCAGCAUCCUCAUCUUCAUCCGCUGCUUCUCCUCCGGCAGCAGGACCAGCAGCAUCGGCAGCAUCAGCAGCAGCCGCAGUAAUUCAGCCAUCGCCGCCACAGCCCUCUUCAACGAACAACAAAAUAAAUGGACUGGCGCGGAGCAAGCGCCAGCAGGCCAGCACAAGUGGAGCCAACAGCAUGGUGCUGACCGCCAGCACGGCGGCCACGCUGAGUGGCCUCUUCAAUCAGCAGCAGCAACAGCAGCAGCAGCGAGCCAAGCCCAUACGCAUUGCGCCCGCUCCACCAUCCGCUUCAGUGGGCAUGGGAACAGCAGGGGCAACAGUCACGGCAGUGACUGCCAGCGGAGGAUCUGAACUUGCGCCUGGGGGCAGGACGGAGAUCCUGAAGCUGGCCAAAUGACCUGCGCUGUCGGCGUUGUCGUCGACAGUAAGCACAGCGAACUACACGCUCGUCAUUGGGCACAAGUAGGGGCCAGGCCACAAACUUAGUAUAUAAAUACCUACAGCAUAUGAAUGUGUAACUAUGUACGAGUAGAAAAUCAGUUUAGUUAGAUGUCUUCCUCUGGCUCAGUUCAGAGACAGAGUGUCGCUUUGGAGUUGGUUGUUUUCUAUUGUUUAACAGACCCACAGGACUCCCUGCUUAGUUGCGUCGCCGGGCGGCGCUGCCACACAUUUGAAAUAGACAAUAAUGCAUCCAGAAAAUGUUAAUCGAAAUCGAGUUACAAAAGAUGGUUCUAACCAUAAGCGAGCGACACGUUUUGUUGCUUCUUAGACAGCGCUGCGGCGCAGAAUUUAAGUUGUUUUGUAUAUACACAUAUUAUAUAUAUAUAUAUAUAGAUAUCCCUAACCCUAACCCUAACAGAUGUACAUGUUAAGUAUUUAUUUAUUGCGUAUAGAUUUAGGUUCUUAUAGGUUCUUGUUUUCGUUGCAAUUUGUAGAUCUAACCAUUAUUUUUAUAAAUAGGUAGCCUAAGACGAACUUUAGCCACUAAGUUCAGCACUGGAUAACCAUCAAUUACUCGAUUAAAUAUGUACUUUGGCUUUACUGAACAAAUCCAUACAAAAACAAAUAACGAACGAAUCAAAAGCAGCUAUAUUUGUGCCCGGUUAACUCAACAAACCAACAAAUUAUUUAUGUCGUACCGUAUGCGAAUGCAAACACACACACACACACACUGAGAAAAUCGCGAAAAGAAGCAAAUAAAGAGAAAUUAUAUUUAUAAAUUGUUAUUAUUUAUUUAGUUGAAACUAUUGUAAAAUUAUAAUUGUACAACAAAAUGCAAGAAACGAAUUCACACUUAGCGGAACCACAAAAACAAAUAAAUUAAUAAAUGGAAAACAAUAGA